CGCGAUUGCGAAUACUCGCCGAUUAUGAUGUGAAAGAUAUUCCGAAGGCCGUGAGGUGCCGUGAGUGAACACGGAAAUCGAGAUGUGUGUGUGGUCAAAAAGACAGUGCAAGGUAGGGGUCGGGUGGCGUUUGUGAUGGCAAAAUUUUUGCAAAUGCACGGUCACUGACACUAGCACCAACAAUGGACCAGCAAUUUUGUUUGCGCUGGAAUAAUCAUCCAACUAAUCUGACUGAUGUGCUUGCAAGCCUUUUACAGCGAGAAGCACUCUGUGAUGUCACACUGGCCUGUGAUGGGGAGACAGUUAAGGCACACCAGACAAUACUUUCAGCUUGUUCACCAUACUUUGAAAGUAUCUUCAUGCAAAAUUCUCACCCACAUCCGAUUAUUUUCCUAAAAGAUGUCAAAUUUUCAGAGAUGAAGUCACUUUUGGAUUUUAUGUAUAAGGGUGAGGUUAAUGUUGGCCAAAAUAUGCUACCGAUGUUCCUAAAGACUGCUGAAAGUUUACAAGUUAGAGGUUUAACAGAAAAUAACACAUUGAAUCCUAAGAGUGAAGAGCGAUCAACACCAUCAGUGGGCGCAGAGAAUCUAUCGUCGCGAGGGGAGUUCGCAACGCCGCCCGCGGCGCACAGUGCGGGCUCACUCACACCGCUCGCGCCGCAACCGCUCGCGCCGCACCUUCCGCCGGAGAAGCGGCGCAGAAAGAACUCCACCUUGCCGAGAGAGGACAUCGACCUAUCAUACCGGCCGUAUGAGGGUCAAGUCAAAACGGGUAAGAGUUCUGCCGGUUCCGGCUCGGAGCCGUCGACGCCGCCGCCCGCGCACGCAGCACACUCGCACGCGGUGGUCGCGACUCCGGGCGUGGGCCGCGUGAGUCGCUCGCCGGCGCACACGCCGCUCGUGAAGCCGGACCCGGACUCGCCGUAUGCGCAUCACCCGCAUCACGCGCACGCCGGCUACGACCAGACGCACCUGCCGCCAAUGGGAGUUACUGAGAUGGCCUCAAUGUUGACACAGCAUCCUAUGGGCAAUGACUGCAACGAAACGGAACAGAUGAUGCAACCACACCAAGACCAAACAGACACCAUUGAUGAGCGCGUGCACGUGCCGCCGCCGCAGUACUCGUACCACAGCAUGUUCGUUGCGGCGACCGAGAGUGCGGCUCUAUGGCGCUGCAAGUCGUGCGGCAAGGAGGUCUCCAACCGCUGGCAUCACUUCCACUCGCACACCGCUCAACGCUCGCUCUGCCCCUACUGCCCGGCCACCUACAGCCGCAUCGACACCCUGCGCUCGCACCUGCGUCUGAAACACGCCGCCCUGCUACUCAAGCAUUAAACUAUCAUCGGUCGAUCUACCCUAAAUCGCACGAGAGCCACGAAAUUAAGUUUAAUUUAAAAAAAGCCUGAAUACAAAACACCGACUGUCUUACUCUUGCAUAAAAUUUGGUGGUCACUGUGACUUUCUGUUUUUCCACUUAUUUCUUAAGAAAAUUAAGGCAGUUUGAAAUUUUCCGUUUAAUAUAUCUCGAAGUUUCUAAAUUAUGAUUAGGUAUUUAAAAUCCAGAUUGUUUUUGUCAUCCUACUACACGUCAUUCUAUCGAAAUCGGCAGUUUAUUUAUGUGAUCUAAAAUAGAAACGCGGGUAGUUGUGAAUUUUAUGCAAUAUAAUCUAUACCUACCUGCUAUUAUUUCCAUUUGACACAAUUACAAUAGUGACAUGACAUAAUAAUAUAAUGUAGGACAUUUUUGGUGUUAGGAUAAUACACUUGACUGUUCGAAGUUUUCAUUGCUGUGAAACUUUAUGAGCGAGCUAAUGCCAAUUAUAACGCGACGCUUGUAUUAAUUUUAAUAGAAAUCUACAACUACCCACGCGUCUAUUAUACAGUAUUAGACAGUCUAAAUGGUUUGAAGGUUAUCUUGUAGCAUUAUGUCGUAUUGGAGAAAAUCAAAGAAAGGUGGGUAGUUGUUUAUUUCAGUCACCCUAAAAUUUUGGAUUUGGAACAGACAAAAUCAGACUCUCGUGCGAUAGGGUUUAUCUUCGCAUCCAACUCCAAAUAAAAUGUGUUUGAGUAUACCCAUACGAUUUGAACUUGAUCUAAUUAUGAACUAGGAACAGAUAAUAUAGGAAUGUCGGUCCGGCCGAUAACAACGCCAGUGUCAGAGCCCAAAACAACGUCACUCGACCCCUACCUUGCUCUGAUCUCUGGUUGAUAACAACUCUCAACCAAUUUGUUAUUUAGCAUUUAUUGCACGUUUUCGUGUAUUAUUAUUGUAUAAUUAAGUAUGUACAUUACUAACAGGGUAAUUUAUGACGAAUUGAGGAUUCCACACUGGGAUGUAUUUUCAAAGUGAUGUUGACAUAAAUAUUUUUGUCGAUAGAGUAGAAAAUUUGUUCGUGAAUGUUUUGAGAUUUAAAAUUGGUGUCCAUUCUAAUUAAUCGCAAUUCACCAUCUCGGUGAUUAUUCAGUAUGAAAUAUGUGUAUCUGUGUAGAUAAAUUCAGAUAGUUAGUAUAAUUAUCUUCAUGCGGAGGCCCAUAUAUAAUGUAUAGUAAAUACUCUUUGGUUGAAAUGGACUUGGAAAUUGGCUGAUUUUAAGUUUGGAAUAACACGUUAAGACUGAAAGGCAACAACUUGUGAUUGGUAGAAACGAAAGGUUUGGCUUGUAAAUAAGUAUCAAUAACAUUAGAUAAACAAAUCAAAAUUAUGUAUUCAAAAUACACGGGCUCCAGAAACGUGCUCAAAAAUAACGGGGCGCAGAAGAGGGCAGUCAUGUACCGCCCUUAGCGUUAUUCUAAAUUAUAUUUUUGUAAAAUGAUUAUUAUCUGCAAAAUUGCAUUACUUAUAUUAAAUAUCUAUUUAUAUAUUCUAUUAGCUUAUUACGGUCCAAUGUCAUGUGUUAUGGUAUCAUAAGGCAGUGUGCUUAUAUCCAUUGGUGUAUAUAUAAUCGACAAUUUGUGGCAUUUAAAGCAUAGUUAAUAUUUCAGAUUUAAACGUAUAUUCAUUAUGUAGCAAGAUUUUAAUCUUACAUCUAAUAUGUGUAUUUUGGUGUUCAGUCCCAAUCUAAGAAUGUAGAACGAAGGUUUCAUGAGAGUUUCUUUUUAUUGUUUUUCUCCGAUAAUUCAAUGUUCUGUAAACUAACUACAAGAUUUAUUAAUGUUAUUAAUUGAAUGUUGGUAAACUAAAUAAUACUGGUCAUGCAUUUGUAAAUAUAAUUAAAUAUAAGAAAUCAAA